AUGGAUGCCAAAGCCUCUCCAGCCUUGUUGGCCGCUGUUGUCUUAGCUUCAGUUAUUACCUGUCUUCUGUCACCCGUGGGCUCCACCAGUUUGGAGGGCAGGGAGACCAACGGCUACCGUUUGUUACGUGACUUACUCAGCGGGUAUGAUACCGAUAUGAGGCCAGUGAAUGAUCCAGAUGAUGCCGUGCUAGUCACCAUGGACAUCACCAUCAACAAAAUUCUUAAACUGAAUGAACGUGAUCAAAUCCUGGUCUCCUUCGUUUGGAUCCGUAUGUUUUGGAGGGAUGAAUUUUUGCGAUGGAACGCCUCUGAGUAUGGAGAUAUAACCCAUUUCGCAAUUGAUCGGGGUCGAAUCUGGACACCAGAUAUAACACUCUACAACAGCGUUGACAAAGCAGGCCUGGCUAUUCCGGAAGGUAACAAGGUGACCGUCACGAAGGAUGGAAAUAUUGGUUGGUACUUCCCGACCGUGAUGGAAUCAUCGUGUGCCCUGAACAUCCGAAGAUUCCCGUUCGACACACAAAUCUGUCCGAUGAGAUUCGGCUUCUGGGCUUAUGACAUACUCGCCUUAGACAUCCAGAAUCUCAACCCGCAUGCGCAAACAGAGUUUUUCGAGGAGAACGGAGAAUGGCAGCUUGUGGAUGCUCCUGCCAGACGGUUCGAGUUAGGUGCACUCUCUACCUACCCAUAUAUCGACUUUUACCUAGAGCUGGAGAGAUACUCCCAAUUUCAUAUUCUGUUUCUGAUUAUCCCUUUUCUGGUGAUCAUCAUGGUGACAGUACUGGGUUUCCUUAUCCCGGUGGGGGUCGGGGACAAGCUAGCGCUCACAGUUACCAACCUCCUGUCCCUAGUUGUGCUACAACUGUUGGUGGCAGAGCGACUUCCGCCACAGUCAACCAAUAUGCCAGUCAUUGCCAUGUUCUUCUGUGCCUGCAUCCUUCUGGUUGCCUUGAUGGUGGCGCUUCACGUGUUCGUCAUCUUGGUCCAUAAGGGUAGCACGAGCCGACGACCCCCACAUUGGCUACAGCGGAUUCUCUUUCCAACUAAGUAUGGGAAAUAUCGGGACGGCUUGCAAGACAAGGCCGCUGUAUAUGGUAAAGAGCAACAAGACAGCUCACUCCACGUUCCUUACAAGCCAUCAGAAGGCUUUGGAGAAAAACGUCCUAUAAUUUCACAGGAACCCUUGUCUAUAUGGUCACUGGACAGCAAGUCUUACUCAGACACGAGAAACCAGAAGUCCGACCCAAUGAUGUCUACCAUUUCCGACAACAUUCUGCAGAUUCGCCAGCACUUGAUGGGGAGCCGUGAGUCGCAGCAACUGGCAAAAGAGUGGAGAAAUGUUGCCGAGAAGAUGGACAAGAUCCUAUUCACCGUUGUCAUGACAGCCACAGUGUUCAUGUCUAUCGUCUGUACCAUCGGACCGCAGUAUGAAUGGAUUUAA